AUGACGAUGCUGAAGGCGGUUCUGUCCGCCUCUCCAACACACGCUAUGUCCUGUUUUGAGCUCCCGGUGAGCUUAUGCAAGCGGAUACAGUCAACGCUAACACGUUUUUGGUGGGAUGGAAAUGAUAACAAGAAAAAGAUGUGCAUGACAUCUUGGGCAAAACUCUCAAAACCGAAGAAGCUUGGAGGGUUGGGUUUUCGCGAUAUACAACUCUUCAACAAAGCCCUCCUAGCAAAGCAAUCUUGGCGGGUCCUCACAAACCCGGACUGUCUCCUCUCACGAGUGUUGCGUGGUAAAUAUUGCCACAACGCUUCUUUCCUCACUGUCAAAGCACAGGCUUCAUGCUCUCAUGGUUGGAGGGGGAUUCUACAUGGCCGAGACCUACUUGCUCCGAAUAUAGGCAAAGCUAUAGGUGAUGGUAUGUGCACGAGAGUCUGGAAGGAUGCUUGGAUCAGAACAGACACCCUCAGUUGCCCAAUGGGACCAGCGAAUGAGGAAGUGCUUGACCUCUUUGUCUCUGACUUGUUAUUGCGGGGCUCUGGUGAAUGGAAUAAACCGAAGAUCAGACAGCUACUCCCAGCAUACGGUUAG